AUGGCUAAUAUCCUCCUAGCUGCGAGUGGUAGCUUCCUUCCGUCUACUGUUAGCAAGAAUUGGGCAUCAACCUUUAUUAAUCGUCGCGAAGAGCUUCGCUCGCGCUUCUCAAAGCGUGAUGACUACCAGCGCGCCCUAAAUGAAGACCCAAAAUCACUACGUGCAUGGUUUGCAACCGUACAGCGGGUUAUCGAUGAGAACGUGGGUCUUAUAUCUGCCCAGAACGUAGUUACGCGAGCAGAUUACUAUGGUCGGCGUCAUCUCCUACAGCCAGGAAAUCGUGAAUGGGUCACUGCUAUUGAAGCAUUCUGCGCAGAUGGUUAUUCGCUACCGCCCCGUAUUAUCUUUAAAGGCAAAGUAGCUAUUGCAGGGUGGUUUGACAAUCUACCAAGAGAUUGGCGAUUAGAGGUCUCAAAUAACGGCUGGACCACCGAGGAGAUUAGCCUACGCUAG